CUGUAUUAAAUGCAGGAUUAAAUAAUGUUGUAUCCAUCACUAUCCAAAAUCUGGUGGUUAAUGCUUUAUAAUGUCCCACUCCCUCCAUCUUCUGUUUUUCUUUCUUUUCUCUUCCCUUCUUUCCUCUACCCUUCUUCGUCGUCUUCUUCUUCUCUCAAACACAACAUAAUAAAAGUGGUAAAUAAAAUCCAAUCGAACUCAAUCUUAAUCCGAUCGAUUGAUUGAAGUGAUAUUUGUUAAAUUAAAAGCAUUUAUCUAUGAUAUGAGAUAAGAAUGAGAUGAAUUAUGAUGGAAGAUUAAAGAAGAAAAAAGAUUAGAUUCAUCUGGAUAUGAAACAUAAUUACAGCAUCAGCCGUUUUACUACUAUUUUAAAGCGGCUAAGCUGGAUUUCUAACUUUCAAUUCGUAUUUCGCCGACGCCGAGGUGAAGGUUGAACCCUAGAUCCAUCCAUUCACCAUCUUAUCUUCAACUUCAAGCUCAGUUUUUUUCUUUUUCCUUUUUUUUAAUAUAAAAUUAAACAAUAAUAGAAGAAGAAUGGAGGUGAUGUCAGUUGUGGAUGACGUCAAACCAGGGUGUUCAAGAGACGGUAGUUUGAGAAGGACAAAAUUGGAAAUACAAAAUGAAGAGGCUUCAACGGAAAGCUCAUCUAUUGGAGAACCUGAUGAUGAUGAUGAAGACGAUGUUACCGAUGAUGAUGAAGUUCAGAGCACUUCUUCUCUCUCCUGCUUGGCUUCUCUUGAAGACUCUCUUCCUAUCAAGAGAGGGCUGUCGAAAUUCUACGCAGGAAAGUCGAAAUCGUUUGCGAAUUUAACAGAAGUGAAGAACCUCAAGGAAUUAGGGAAAUCAGAGAAUCCGUUUAAUAAGAGGAGAAGAACUUUAAUGGCGUAUAAUCUCAUGUUUAAGGAUGAUAAUACUGAUGAUGAUCAUAGUUAUAAUAAUGAUCAUAAGAAGAAGAAAUCAGGGUUGUUUUAUUCCCAUUCCAAUCACAUCUCAAUGCCUCUUUUACGUCUUGCUGAAGAAGAUGAUGGUGAUGGUGAUGGUGAUGGUGAUGUUGUUGAUGAUUCCUCCGAUGCCGACGAUUAUUAUUCGUUUCGAGCAUCUAAUACUCAUCUUCAACAAAUUAAAGAGCAUUCUUAUCCUACUGUAAAUCUGCCUACUUCUUCUUCUUCAACUGCUGCUACUACUACUGCUAAUCAUGUUUGUUAUGAUAGGUUUAGGCGUAAUAGUUAGAUAUAUGCUCUUCUUUUAAGUACUUGUACUGUAAUAACGCAUUCAUAUAUAAAUAUAUAUGUAGAUCACUGUGUUUUUGCUUUUGA